ACCCAUGUAUAGAGGCUGCUGCUCUAGGUGCUACUGAGUCGGCUGCUCUAGGUGCUGGUGAGUCUGCUCUCUCUGGUACUGCGUAUGCUGCGGCCUUGCACACCUUCACGCUUGACUCAGGUGCUUCCCGCUGUUUCUUUCACGACAAUACCGCACUCACCCCGCUCCCUGCACCUGUUGCUGUCUCUCUGGCUGACCCCUCUGGGGGCCCAGUCCUUGCACGUUCCUCCACUGUUCUCCCGUGUCCAGCGGUUCCGUUUGGCUCACUGUCAGGUCUUCACCUCCGCUCGUUCUCUAUGAACUUGGACUCUGCCUCCCCUCCCACCCUCGCCCGCCCCUCCAUGCCUUCCCUGUGUCGAGGGGCUGCAGCGCGCCGCUCCUCACUCCUCCUCGUUUCCCCCGAUGACUGCUCCCCUGCAGACUCUCCACAUGGACGUGUGGGGCCCAGCCCGGGUCCGUGGACAGGGCCGCGAGCGCUUCUUUCUGCUGGUUGUCGACGACUACACGCGUUACACCACGGUCUUCCCCUUGCGCACCAAGCGGGAGGUCCUUGA